AUGAAGCCGGGCUACACGCGACGGAAUGCUCGGCUAAUCUUUCUGGUGACGGAUCUGAUCCUGUACCUGCUCGUCAACGUGUACUCCAUCGCGCUCGUGUGGGGUUCUCUGAUGGAUGUCGUGUUCUGCUUCGUAACGUUGGGUAUUGCCAUACAGGGAUUGGCGAAGAUCGAAGCCUUCACCUGUCCGGAACUGAACGAUCUUCAUCUCUACAAUAUGCGCCGCUUUAAGGAGGCACCUCGAUAUCCGGAGGUGAACGACUCUCUCUUCCACACGGCUACCAUGUGCAAGGUGUUCAUCCGCAUCCUGGCCUUUGGUUUCUCGGUAGUGUUCAUCGUUAUCAAUACGUACGCCAUCCUGAUGCCGCUGGUAAAGGGUGAACUGUUGCUGGCGUUCGGUUUCUAUCUACCCUUCCUGGACUUUCGCAGUCCGCUCGGGUUCGCCAUUAACUGGAUCUAUCAGUCAUUGCAAGUCCUCGAGGGUGUCGUCGGCCUGAUGGCGUGCGACUGCUGUCUGCUCUUUCUCAUCGUCAAUGCUACCGGCCAGAUGGACCUGAUCAUCAUCUACCUACGCAGGCUAACGCAGCUUGUCGAGUGCAAUUCUGGGGACAGACGUGGGCAGCGUGAUGUGGAGAUCGAAGAGUUGAUCGGUGCCAUCGUACAAAAGCAUCUGGAACAUACCAAAUACGUCACCGACAUGGAUAUUCUGUUGAAGACACAGUUCUUUAUCAAUUUUGGCUGCAUUAUUUUUGAGCUCGUCGGUUCACUGGCGAUUGUUGUGAGGUUUCCCUGGUACCCCGGAAUGGCCAUCGUUCUUAUAUGCACCAUGCAGCUUUUCAUCAACUGCUCCUUGGGAACUUAUCUUUCGAUUAAGAACGAUAAGCUCGUCAACGAAAUUUACCACGUCAACUGGUACGAGCUGUCGACGAAGCACCAGAAAACGCUUCAGCAAGUGCUGCUCUGCGCUCAGCGGCCGGUCGUUCUGUCCGAUGGCUUUUCCGCCAUUGAUUUGUUCAACUUCGUUGAGAUUUACAAGAAGAUUUACUCGUAUCUGAUGGUUCUCCAGAAAGUGAGCUAA